CCAGUCUAUACAGACGGAACAAAUAUGGCAGCCCCCAAUAAAUGUUUCGAAGUCCGUGUCUUGCCCGAUAAGGGUCGCUGUCUGUUUGCUACCCAUGACAUACGCGAGGGCGAACAUAUAUUUGAAGAGGAACCUAUCGCGAGUUGUCAGUUUUUGUGGAAUGCAUUCUAUCAGUAUCGAGCGUGUGACCACUGCAUGAAGCCUUUAGAAACGGCUGAACAGAACGCACGACGUUUAACAGCGAACCCAGAGCUAACAGUGCCUCAUGCCGACAUUUGUACAGUGGAAACAGCUAAGCACGUUGCGUGUCAACGUUGCCAGGUACAAUACUGUUCGAAAGAAUGCAAAGAGAAAGCAUGGAGGUUGUAUCACCGUAUACUCUGCAAAAUAGAAUCAGUUGAUGAUCCAUCCCAUCCUCUCAUAGUGCUGAAGGAAUCAUGGAGGGCCUUGGACAAGGAAAACUUGCUGACUUCACUAUUCAACUUAACAACGAGAACGUUCAAUUUUGAAGACCGAAUCGCGCACAAGCUGCUCGGUGAAAAGUUUCAGGAGCAGAUCGAAUAUUUCCGAAACGUUCUAGCAAGCCAGUUCUGUGAUGCGGAUACCCAGCAGUGGUUCACGCCCGAAGGCUUCCGAUCCAUCCUGGCACUUAUCGCGACGAACGGACAGGGCGUCGGAACAAGCGCACUCAGUGCCUACGUGCACAAAUGUGACACGCUUGACCUCCCGGCCGGUGAGAGAAAACAGCUCGACGCGUUCAUAGAUAAACUUUACGAGGAUAUCGACAGAGAAACCGGACCAUUUUUAAAUUGCGAAGGCUCGGGCGUGUACCUACUACAGAGUGCAGCGAAUCACAGCUGCAUUCCAAAUGCAGAGAUCACCUUUCCCAACAACAACCAUGUGUUGUGUCUAAUAGCAACAACUAGCAUUAACGCCAACGAGGAAAUUUGUAUUUCGUAUCUCGACGAGUGUGCGCGAGGCAGAAGCCGUCACAGUAGACAGAAGACCCUCAGGGAGUACUACCUAUUCAACUGCGAUUGCGCGAAGUGUGCGGCAGAGGCCGACCAACAGGACGUCACGUCUGACGAGGAGGAUGAAGAGGAAGAUGUCGGCUGUCCCGAUGGGGAGGAGGGGGACGACGAUGUAGAGGAAUCAUUUUCCUAGAUGGAGGAGUCGCACAAACCGGCUCGAGUUUGAGUUGGCCUGACGCUGACAGAAUGAUGAAUUUGUAGCGUUUCGAUGGUCGACGUCAGCACCGUCGUGGCAUGCCCUUGCUUUUCGCUUGCGUAUUUAUUCCGCUUUCCGACGUUCGUGAAUCUCGACGCGUGGCCGCUGUGUUGAUCGUUGCACAGAAUGAUGAGGUUGUUUACGUGUGAUGGAGAUUUGUAGACGAGUCGUGGAAGCUUACACAACCAGUUGUUUGAUUCUUGCAUAGCAACUAUAACCCAGGCACUAGACCUUCUGACAGGAAAAAUUCAGCUGCAGUCUGGAUCCAUUCUUCCACGUUCGUAGCGAGAAAUGCCUAAUAUAAUACCGUGAGACCACGAAGUGAAUGAAA